GGUGAGGAUGGCGGGGCCGUGUUUGAGGUGUAAGGUUUUGAAGAAGAAGUGCGAUUGCCAGAACCCUUGUAAAGAGUGUCCGCAGCAGGAUGUGAUGGCGCCUGAUCUAUGGAAAGCGCUGGGUUGUUUCCACGGCCCGCUGACGGAGAUGGUGAGGAAGUGUCUACACGGCUUCAAACAACCCCCCCACUCCGCAACCGACACCACCACCACCACCGACAUCUUCUGGGCCGCCGAGCUCGACUACCUUCUAACAUCCCACCCCGGAUUCGCCUCACUCGACGACGACUUCUGGGACUCGCGACACAAGCUAUCGUCCAUCAAUAGCGCGGACGUCAUGGAUACGACGCCCGAUCUGACGGAUGUGGCGUAUAAGCGGCUGUUGGGGGAGUAUGGGCCUGCGGUGGGGUUGCUGAAGGCGACGGUGUUGGAUAGGGUGUAUUUGGGACGAACGGCUUAUAAUCCGUUUGCGCUUUUGAGGGUGGGGAGGGAUGCUAUGGGUGCUUGUAACGAUCCCUCAAGCUGGCACCUCUACGCCCUCGCCCAAUCCCUCCUCCUAACCGCAAUCCGCUACCGCCUCGCCCUCGCCUCCACCCCCCCAACCACCCCCCCUCCCUAA